AUGGCGACGCCCGCAACUCAGGAUGGCGCUCCGACGAACGGAGGUGCGCCCAAGCCAAGCUUCGGCAUGCGUCUGCGGAACUUUGGACGUCAGGCCAUCAAGGGACCGAGUGUCCCUCACUCCAUCCUCUUUGGUGUCGGAGCAGGUUUCUGCGCCUACGCAGGAUACUACCUGUACCGCGCUGUGCGCCUGAGUUUGUUCGAUACAGAGAGCGUCGCUCUCCAGUCCCGUCUUCGCUAUGCAGAGAAGCAAAAACUGUUUCAGCAAGAAUUAGAUCGCGAGUUGGCGGCUGGGCACAUCGCCAGUCUCGUCGCAGAGUACGACCCCGUCGCCACCCGCCUCCCGUUCCAGCCUAUGCAAGAUCGAUACCGAGUGUGA